UCCAGGUCUAGGUCGUCUUACAGUAGCUCAUCCUACUCCAAAUCCCGUUCCCGUUCUCGUUCAUACUCCCGUUCCUCCAGUCGUUCCAGAUCCCGUUCUAGAUCCCGUUCCAGGUCUUACUCCCGCUCCUCUCCGUACUCCCGCCGCCACGGACGACCGCGGGGCUACCGCUCCCGUUCCCGUGGCUACCGCCGAUCACGCUCGCCGCCGCAUUUCAGGGACCGAGAUGGGGCGGGACGGGGGAGAGGACGUGGACGAGGAGGAGGGUACCGGUCACGCUCUAGAUCACCUGGCCAAGGGGGGUACAGGACCCACACUCCUCCACCCCCAAGCUCCAGGAAGCCUGCCYCUGCUGGGCCGCCACCGGAGGGAGAGAGGAAAUACCCGAGCCGGACCCGGGAGAGGGAUCGGGAGCCGGCGGUGUACGACCGUGGUCCAGACCACAAUGACCCGUACGAGAGGGAGAGGUACCGGGAGUGGGAGAAAGAGUACAGGGAAUGGUACGAGAAAUACUUCAAAAACUACAACUCCCACAACCCUCCUCCCAAUAACCCCCCUCUGUACAGGGGCCGACCCGCCCUUAGUUUCGCCCCCGCCCCUGUGCCACCCACAGCCGCCGGACGAGACAGAGACCCCUACAACCCUCCUCCACCCUCGGACUUCUACCCCUCCCCCCGACGCCGCCUGGACCGUGGAUCCUCCCCCUUCAGCCGAGGGAGGAGGCGAGGUGAGGACUAUCCCCCUCCCCCCUCACACCCCUCCCCCAAGGGCAGGAACCAGCCAAUGACUUACCAGGAGAAGUGUGCUGAGCAGUUUGGAAAUGUGCCACUGGCCUGGUCAGCCAAUCAGGAUCCUCAGACGCCACUGAAGGUCGCUAAGGGUGACAGAGAUCCGUCGUCGAGCGUCGCCGCUGCCGCGUUCACUGUGACCUCCGACCUGAAAGAGCAGAAGCACAGGAAGAGGAAGAGGAGGAAGACGGAGCAAGGGAGAGAGGGAGGAGAGUCCUUCAGUGCGUCUGACUCUACGGACGACGCUCGGAAAGAAGAAGAAGAGAAGGAGAAGGAGAAGAAGAAGAGGACCGGGAGUACUCCCGUUGGUUCGUCAAGCCAUGACGACUCCACCCCAGUACGGGACGAGCCAAUAGACAGCGACGCCUCAGACUUAGUCCCGGACAAAGCUGACAGGCGGACCAGGGACAGAAGCUGUUGUGUGCUCUCCUCUGUCAUGCAGUUACUAUCUAAGAUCAACAGGUUUUGUAGAGCUGUGUGUCUCCUGCUAAUUGACAGUUAA